UGAAUAUUGUUCUUCUUUCGGUUUUCUCAUUUUCUGUUCACUAGACAAACCAUCAAACUGAUUGAGAUCAAGAAGUUAGAAGUAUGGAACCUCAUAGGCCAGCAGUAUGGCUAGACGAUACGAGAAUGAAUGUGUUGUUUUCGCCUUUUCGAGAAAAGAAUUUAAACCCUUCUUCGUGGAAUCAGAAAAUGAAAUUUUGGAUUCAGGUUAUAGAAGACGAGUAUAAACAUUCAAACAAGUGUAUUCUUGAACGAAAAUCCAUACCAUUUGUUUUCAAAAGAAAAGGAAAACUGCCAAGUUGUUUGGAUACUGUUAUUACAGAAAUGCUUAGACUUGGAAAGAUUCGAAAACUUCAGAACAGUGACAUUCUCCAGCCACCCUCAGAGGCCAGUGGGAGGGGCUGGCUGACAUGGGGGUAUGACACCCUACUAAAGUCCCCCAUCACUUGGAGCUGGAAAGCAUUGACUAAAGAUGAGAAAAAUGAGGAUAAUACACAAUAUAUAUUGGAGGAGUGUUUAAAAGAUCAGUGCACCAAAGUUCUACAAAGGCAUCAGUGUCAGGUAUAUUGUGACAUUGUCAGCAACAUUGUGGAAUACUCAGUGCUUUACAUUCAGUGUGGGGAUCUGUGUUCUUCAGAACUGGAGUUUAAGGUGGUCUUACAACAGCUUGUAAUAGAAAACAAAGCAGUGAUCAGUUCAGAUCAAGACACUGUUGUUGUUAAAUUUAUUUCCCGGGAUGAUGACCAAGUAAAGAAAGUUACAGAGGAAGAUUUAAAGAUUUUAAGAAUAAAGAAAACAUCGGGUAAACUUCUGAAUGAUGUUGAAAAACUGUCAGCUGUAAGUGAGAGAUUAAAAAUGGAAGCUAUUCAACAUAAAAAUCAAAGCAAGAGACAACAUGCAUUGAGAACAUUCAGACAGUAUAAGAGAAUCCAGGACAGAAUUUCCAAAUUGUCAAAUUCUAUCGACUUUUUAGAUGACAUUUUAAACAGAAUAAGCCAUGCUGCAUCAGAAGAAAUGAUUGUGAAGGCUAUUGAAAGUGGAACCCAAGCUUUAAAAAGUAUCAAUGAAAGAAAUGACCUGGAUAAAGUAACUGACAUCAUGGACGACUUGAGUCAGACAAUAGAAGAUCAGGAGGACAUUCAGAAUGAACUGGGAAGAUUAAAUAACGAAGAGGAAGAGUCACUGGAAGCUAGCCUGGAGAAUCUGUUAAAGGGAGAUAAUUCUCCUCUAGAGGAUGUUCCCUCAACACUCCCUGACACUAUGGAUGGAAAAGGAGAUCAGUUGUCAAGUGCAGAUGAACUUGCAGAUUUACUGUCAGAUCUUAAGUUGCCUGAUGUACCUGAUUCUCCUCCAGAAGAAGAAGUGGAUUGUGGGAAGAAAAAAAUACCGGCACAUGGAGAUAUAUUUAUUCCUGAUCUCUCUCUAUCAGAAACAAAAAUGACAGAAAAGCCCAAGAAGAAAAAAGAGGCUGCUUGAUAAUGCAUUGAAAAUGUAUACCCUGGUCUUUCACAUAACAAAUUAUGAGCAUUAAAAUGUAAUUAAUGUAAAAACAAUCAUGUUUAUACAACUCUCAUCUUUUAAAUCAUAUCAAUUAGAUACAAUGAACUUAUUACUGUUCAAUAUCCCUAUAAGUGUUUAAUGGAUAUAUUUUUAUCAAACUGUUAUUUUAUGAGUUUUGAUCAUCUCUUGCC